AUGGUGCUUCAAGUAUACAACAUCAGAAAGGUGUCAUUUGUACCUUGGUCGUUAUUUCUACUUUCCCAAUUGACAGUUUUUGUUAUCAUUUUGAUAAUGAUCACUUCAUGGAAGUUGUCCUUUGUGGAACUGAACAAUCAAGAUAUCAAUGUUACGUCUGUUUAUGAGGACGAAAUACUCCGCAACAUUGGCAGUGAGAAUAGCAUGUAUUACACUGAAAUAUACAAUGAACAACUGCCAUCAUAUACUAUCAGUGACACAACACUGGCAGACUACUACCGGUUGUACUUAGACGAGUACUGCUCUGGUGAAUAUAUCAACGGCAGCUGGACUCAAAUUGAGUGUUUUACAUGGACAACAGAAGAUGGAGUCGAUGAGAUAUACGGCACCAGAAACUUGAACACCACGAUUAACGAUGUGGAUGAUGGUUUCACUUUGCACUAUUUUAACGACAAAAGUGGAACAGCCCGUGUAGCGUUGCACAAGCUAUUUUAUUCCAUGCUGGCAUUCAUCCCAUUUUCAAUAAUCAUUUGUUGCUUGUACUGGUUUUGCUUCACCGGGACUGAAACACGUUCACAUUGGGCUUGGAGAUCUCUGAUUUCAUUGUUUUGUUUGGCACCUGUGAUUGAAUCCAUACUAGCUGUGGUCUUUACAAGAAACAUGUAUACCGAUUUGAAGCACGCGAUAAACGACAAAAAGUCCUUAUCAGGGGUGAAAGCUGACUACUUUUAUACGCUGCUGUCAAUGUGUAUCCUCAUCCUUUCACUGACUGUCUUCGCUUUUCUGAUAAGUUCCUUCGUUUUAUUCUUUUUGAAACCUAUUUCUCCAAUGGUUGAAGUCGUUGACUUGAACUACAGUGGUGAGAAGGAGUUUGACACGCAAUCAACAUCUGCGUCAGAAAGUUCAAACUCUGUACCUACAAGAGGCACCUUCACAAACACUCCUCCUCAAUAUACUCCUCAUGAAUAUCCUCCAGCUCCAUUGUCAUACACACCACCUACGGAGUUUCACCCUUCUUUGCUAUUUCCCGCUUCACAGUACCAUCAGAACUAUUAUACAUCUACGUCUCAGCCUACUUAUAUUGAUGGAUCUCAAGUGCAUAACCCAUACUGUGCAUUUCAUGAUACCCAAUACCGUGACCAGAACCCCUAUACAGGAAUAAGUAGCCUUCUAGACAUCUUAAACCUGGGAAAUCAGCUGCUAUCAAUGUUCAGUUGAGCAAUGAGCAUUGAGCUGUUCGGAUCUUUACCACAACAUAUGAUUAACCAAACUUUGAAAGUUAGCUCUGAUCAACUAUUGUUUCAAUUUGAUUUUCUUAUCAUUGAGUAACUUUGUAGUACUCAUCGGUGAGAUCUAUGUAAGUUGAUGCCCGACACUUUCCCCUAAUUCCGCGCAAAGUUCCAAAUUCCCACCCUUUCUCAUUAGAGUAAACAUCAGCGAGCCGACUAAUUAAAAGUCUUAACACAG